UGUGUGUGUGUGUGUGUGUGUGUGUGUGUGUCACAGCAGAGACACAUGCUGCCUGUUCAGUCACACUUCCAGACUUUUUCCGGCCUGCUCUGAGCUUCUGGGACAGGUUUUGUUCUGUUUCUGUGUGGACAGGUCCGGAGCACAGCCUGUGGAUUCUGCUCUGUGAUACAUACGAUGUGAUUUCUGGACUUUUUUGGGGGAUUUUAUCUUUAUUUUUUCUCACUGGGCAUCUCGUCUCUCUCAGGUUUGAGAGAAUUCUGCUUUCAUCUGUCCGUCUUCAACAUGGCAGAGGAAAUCCUCAACUUUCCCUUCCCAGAUUUAUACGAGCUGGAGAAUAAAAUCGGAAGGAAAACCCCAGAAAGUCUUCUGACGUGGAUGAAGGAUGCUACAGGGUGUGAGGACACCAGGAGCUCAGAUGGCAGCUUUCACUUCAGCAGCAGUUUAUCAGAGAAACUCUCUGAAUUAAAACAAGAGAUGACGAGGCUUCGCUCGGCUGACGUGAGGAUCCUUCGGCAGCUGGUGGCAGUGCACGAGGGGAUCGAGGCCAUGCACUGGCUGAUGGAGGAGAGGGGCGGUAUGAUCGGCCUGCUGGAAGAAGACGACGAAGAACUCGGGCUCUGCAUGUCCCCCUACAGAGACAGUCCGAGUCCAAGCCCGAGUCUGAGUCCAGCCUCGCCGGAGUCUUUGAGUGAAACCAUCAGUGAAAACCCAGUGGAUAAAACAAGUGCCAACAGUUACAAUUCAAGUCUUUUCGAGUCACUUGAAGCAGGACCUUCAAGUCUCUGCAGCUUCAGCUGUGAAACCAGCGGUUCUGUUCACGACCCUCAGGUGGAGCCGGUCACUGAUGCCGUCAUUCCCAUCAGCGAUGAAGUAGCCGAGUCGCUAAAGCGAAUGCCAGAUCCGGCACGGCUGCGAAACAUCAAAAGUGGAGCUGAAACCAUCAAAAGAGCUCUGCUCAGAUGUAGCAAACUGAGAAGACAAACGAAAGCAGAAAAAACUAGGCUGACUCCAGUUUUAGGAAGGAAGAACACAGAGGAGAGCUUCGACUCGACAGAGAAGGACCAGAGUUCAGCCUGUGGAACAGAUCCAUCACUGACCUACAACUCUCAGUGGUCCUGGAUGCAAUCUAAGGAUGAUGUCACCAAUUUAUAGUUUGGAGAUGUUUUUCUUUAAGUAAAUGCCAGAAAGUGUAAACUUCCUGAGACACAAGAAGAGUAAAAAACAUGUUGAUGUUAGGAGUGUCCUGCUGGAAUGAUGCUGUUUAACGUGAUGAGUGUCGUCUUUGUGUUAAUUCACUCUGAGCUUCUUUAGGAUUGGUUUGGUGGCUUUCUGUGUGACUGUGUGUGUCCGACUUUGUGAACAAAAUUAAAUAACUAAAGUUGAACAUGGUGAAGCCAAUGCAACUGGUUGAGAAAACACUGUUUGGUGCAUGUUUGAGAUUUUGGAGUUAUGCCUUUUUCUUUUGUUCUCCAUCUUGUUUUGUUUUCAUAAAAUAUCUGCGGAGCCAGAGGUGUGGUUGAGGUGAAGUAGGAGUCUCUGCAGACGAGUGGGCGUGUCCCAACGAAAGGCGAUUCUAAAGCGACACACCUGAUUUGACGGACUUUUGUUAAAGGGACACAACGGACAAGCAAAAUAAGGGACGUCACCGUACGGCACCACCUGAUUGGACAAGAACAAAAGGGGCAUUACUGUACGGCACCACCUCAUUGGACAAG